UUCUCUUAAAUGCUUUGAUUUUUCUAGAAUAAGUGAAGUAGCCUUGACAGUCGUUUCCUUUAAAGAUCCCAGAGCCUCCAGUGUUUACCGAUUGAUCGAACAAUUAUACCUAGUUAUUCAUAUUAUCGCCACCUCCUUUACUAUUAUACUUAUCUCGAAGUACCUACGUAGAAUUUACAUUCCUUAAUAUAUUAAUGAGGCCUGCGACUUGCUAUUGUUGUUUCCCGUUUUAUGAAUGCUCGUGAGGGACCGAACUCGCGUUACACUAGAGCAUGGCACUAACAAUCGACAAUAUCCUCAAUCUCAUGGCGCUGAUAAUCAUGUGCAUCCCUGGGCUGUGGUCCGCAUUCAAAUUUGCUCGGCGACAAUGGGUCCGCGGGAGAGAGGCAUUACUACCCGUAGCGAGUCCGAGACGUCUACCCGCACAUAUGGGACACUCCGCCGACCCCCCAACUCAUUCCCCUGUGGUUAAGUGUUCGACGCCUGCCCAAGCUUAUGACAAUACAUUCGAAUUAAGAAACAUGCCCUCCCAAUAUGUGAGUCCACGAUAAUUGACAAGUUUUAAAUAUUCGAAUACUAAAACAUCCGGGAAGCAGAGGAUGGAUGGACAUGAGGUGAUUAUCUCAUUAUCGACUAGAGCCAUCUCUGUAAGACGUGCUUGAGUUUAUUUAACUCGUGAGAGUCUUUUCAGUGGAUAGAGGUUUGGGUAAAGGAAUGAUUUUAUAUAGUGGUUUAGGUCGAUUGUUAAUAUCGUACAUGGCAUAGUGGCGUUCGAGAAAUGAUCGGUUUCAGCGAAGCGGAUAUAUGGUUUGAUGCAGCUCAGCCCGCUAUUUGGUUUGGGUCGCGUUUAUGAAUUGGUGAACAGCAAUUGAAGCAGGUCGGAGUUAGGUCUUGGGUAUGUAGGUCUGGUCAUAGUAAUCGGAUAAGGUUAAACGAUGAUUUGUUGGUUUCCUAAUUAGGUACCUAGGUACACAGCCUUCUACGGGUUCUCCUGCGAACGUCCCUCUCAUUCGGUUCAUAUUAUAUUCAGAGGACUGAUAAUUUAUGCGUGAUUCAUGCGCUUCUGUGGA